GCCAUGGCGACCGCCACGCUGCUGGGCUCCUCCUUUGCCAUUCCCGCCGCAGCCCGUAGGGCGUCCUCCUCUGCCUCCACCUCCUUGGGCUUCGCCACGUCGCAGCUCGCCGGCCUCUCCCUCUCCGCGGGCGCCGCAACUCCAACCGCCGUCGCCUUCCUCCCAAAGAGGCAGCAGCUCCAGCCCAUUGUCGCGCGGCGGGUGUGCCCUUUCACGGGCAAGAAGACGAACCGGGCGAACAAGGUGUCCUUCUCCAACCACAAGACGAAGAAGCAGCAGUUCGUGAACCUGCAGUACAAGAAGCUGUGGUGGGAGGCUGGCAAGCGCUUCGUCAAGCUGCGCCUCUCCACCAAGGCGCUCAAGACCAUCGAGAAGCACGGUCUCGAUGCUGUCGCGCGCAAGGCCGGCAUCGACCUCAACAAGAAGUGAGAACAGCCAAACUAUGGUGUGGUGGCACACUGGCAUCGACCCCAGUUUGAUUUGUGUACCAUACCAAUCAGUGUAGGCAGAUCGAGGUUGCACAUGCUGUGGGUCUGUUUAGUUCAGCUUUUUUCUGACCAACUUUUCUGAAAAUCUGGAUACGAGGAGAAUCUAGCUGUGGGGAGAACCUGAGUAUCAUUACGAUUACGUGUGAAGAAGGAUAAAGUUGUUCAUAGGGCUCAAGAUCUAGAAAUUGACGGAUUCCUACUAUUACAACAACUCAACCGAUUAUGUAUUUAUAUUGAUUUUGGAUGGUUUUUGUCCCAACGAAUUUUAUAGAAGCUAGCUGAAAAGCUGAGCGUUUGGC